CCACCCCCCUCCCACGUCUAAUCCCCCCCCUCAAACAUGCAAUGGAACGCCUCCUCCGCCAAACCCUAAAACGCGCCACACCGGGGGCGGUCCUCCGCCUGACGCUGAACGGGCUGGGCGCGUUCUGCGCCUGCACGCUCGUCUGGGAGCACCUGGUGACGGUGCAGCUGAGCGAGGGCCCGUCCAUGUACCCGACCUUCAACCCGCGCGGCGACUACCUGCUCAUCUCGCGCGUGCACAAGCACGGCCGCGGCAUCGCCGUCGGCGACGUCGUGCGCUUCUACCACCCCACCUUCCUCGGCGUCAAUGGCGCCAAGCGCGUCAUCGGCAUGCCUGGCGACUUUGUGUGUCGCGAUUUGCCGUUUGGGACUGAGGCUGGGACUACCGGGGAGAUGAUUCGGGUACCUGAAGGACAUGUGUUUCUCACCGGAGAUAACCUGCCGUGGUCCAGGGAUUCGAGAAAUUACGGCCCCAUCCCCAUGGGGUUGAUCAAUGGCAAGAUCGUUGCCAGGGUGUGGCCGCCUUCCAGGAUGAUGUGGGUGGAGAAUACGUUACGACCGGCUGAGUUGGAUUGAUAAAUCGGGAGUUUGGAUCCAUGUAUAUAUCCGUGUAGUCUACAAGCAUGGCUGGAGUCUGGAGUUGGGAAAGGGUUGGUGAAUUUGUGCAUAUUCAUACAUAAAAGCUCUCUUGUACAAUAACGUCCAACGGAAAACACAAACAAAAAACAAUC